AUGACCUCUUGUGAUUGCGACAGUUCGGAUUGCUCGAACAGCGUUGCCGGACUGAGCGAUCUGGACAUGGAGCUGGUCGAAUGCAACGGCGACAAUCUGCUCUGUGAAGCUGCGUUGUGCCAGGCUGAUUUUGCUGUUUCAGAAGCAGCAAUGGAAGUUGAUGAGGAGGAAAUUAACAUCGGAUCACCUUGGCAGAAGGAAAUUUGGCAGCUGAAGCACUUGCCGUACUAUGACGAGGUGCGAAAGGAAGCAGACGAUCAUUUUAGGUAUCAUUUCAUCCAAAGCCUUACUAUUGCUUUCAGAUAUAUUGCUUUGUAUUCGCGUCGUUUCACGAAGACGGAUCACAUCGGCCUGGUAAAAUUGACGUAUGCCUGCAUGACAAUGAAAGGAGUGGACUUUCGCAUUGUUAAGAUCUGCGCCAGUGCGGUGACAAAUCUACUGUACAGGAAGGAAUUGUUAUCGCGGGAUGACAUUCAGCUUGACUGGAAGCCGCUGCAUGAUGUUUACGUUGAAGUGUGCUACAAGAACUUGGAAGAAGAUGGAUUAUUGCUGCUUCCGGAAGGCAUGAAAGCAGCGCUGGAGCAGGUCAUUAUGCACUGCCGGACGUACUUUAGCCUAAGUGCUACGCGAGAAAUUCUGGAUGAGUUCUCUCAGGUUCGGCCAUAUAUCUGUCCAUGGAAUGACAGUAUUUGUCGUGCAAUGGGCCUGCUGAAUCUUUUCUUGCCGACAUGUCUCGAGCAGCACGUGCACAAGGAAUAUGGCGCCCAGUUGUGGUUCGACGAAAUCUGGCACUGGUUCACAGCCGUUGAAGCAAAUUCCGCAUACGAAUCGAAGUUGGAGUCUCUUCUAGCGCGUCUGGCACGCGAAUGUCCGGGGCUGAUUGAAUGGGAGGACAAGUAUGACCUCAUAAUAACGCGUAUUCUACGGGCUCUGAACUUGGAAAUAGGACAGGGUUUCGAGCGAGUCAGUAUCGGCACCAUGACUUCGUUCAAUCUUGAUUACGCUGCACUCUGGCUGGCAUAUAUGCUCGGUGGACCGGAGAAUGGCGUAAAAUAUUUGCGGCCUGUUUUACUGCGUAUGGUUUACUAUGGAUUUUGGUUGGACAGCAUUCAGUGUUGGAUUCAAAAUCAUCUCACGCGCCUUUUCCGUUCAUUGGAGUCGUAUAUGCACCCGUCUAAUUAUGGCCAUCAUUCUGCGUCAGUGCUAAAUUUUCUUAUGAAGUUGGUGAAUGCUGUUUCCGGCAGAUUGCACAGGGAGCGAUACGAGAAGCCUAGUUGCCAUCCGCAGGUUUCUUUUUGCCGCGUUCAUGCAGUUAAUGUGCCCAGCUGGGCAUCUCAGUGCGGGAAAUUCUGGGACUCGAUCGUAUGUGGUAACACCUACCGGAGACCAGUUUUGUUCUUUUCGUAUUUUCACAUGUUUGAUGGAAAGGAAAUUGGUUGUGAUGUUAUACCAUAUACCGUUCUCACCCAGGUGCCGGCACAUCUUCGUUUGACAGAUGCGCAACUGGAUGAAUUUGUCGAAUCCGUGCUGCCGUGCGCUCAGCUUGCACUGUUCGCGAAGUUCAAGUCGGAAUUUGCGCCGGCAAUAAUGCGUGGUUUAUCGCAGAUUGCGCCCCGGAUCGUUGUUCCCGCAGUCCUUGAGUUAGUGUACCCAGCGCUGCAAACAGUGGUUGAGCCGCACCGCCUAGUGCAGUCCGUUAAUGCGCUGAUAGCGGUCUGUGUUGCUCUCGUUCGUGAUGACUCUAAUCUUGGCAGUCGAAAACGUGCUCCACUGCGUGCCAUGGAAGAAUUCUCCGAUAAGCCAUACCGCAGCCAUGCUAUUUCGUUGCUAAAUUCACUGCUGCCUGGGCUGGACGCUAAUGAUAUUUCAAAAAUGCUGCUUACAUUCCAGGUUUGUGCUUUUCCAACUCCUUUUAGCUGA